GCCCCUUCUCAUUGAUUGGCUGUCUCCAGGGAAGUCAAAUGGCAUCAUUCUGGGAUAUGAUCUCUUUUGGAAAACAUGGUGUUCAUGCCCCAAAACCCAGAAGUUAAUGAGGGACUGUGGUGGUGAGCUCUGCCAAGUAGUCACAUGUCAAAAGCCUGAGACUGUCUGUGGACACAGGUGCUAUUCUGAAACUAAGCUUUGUUGUAAUGGAGAUCUCUAUGACUCCCAAUCUGGAUGCCACUGUUGUGAAGACAAGUAUAUCCCAUUUGUUUCUAAAUCACCUGGAUCUUGUGGUGGUGGCCAAAUACAAGAGGCACAGCCAAAUCAUCACUGUUGCUCUGCGUAUUAUAUUAGAAACCUACCAGGUGAAGUAUGCUGUCCAGAUGAACAACAUAAUCGGGUUUCCACUGGCAUCAGCGAUUCCUGCUGUGGCCGAAUGCCGUUCUCCUCCUCAGGAAACCAGAUUUGCUGUGCUGGGAGGCUCCACGAUGGCCAUCGCCAGCAGUGCUGUAGUGGACAGAUUGUGAACAAAGAUUUGGAGUGCUGUGGUGGAGAACAAGAGAGUGUGGUAUACAGGCAUCUUCCAGGGAUGUUCUGUUGUGGGCAGGAUUAUGUGAAUAUGUCAGAUACCAUAUGCUGCUCAGCUUCCAGUGGAGAGUCUAAAGCACAUGUUAAAAAGAAUGACCCAAUGCCAGUAAAAUGCUGUGAGACCGAGCUCAUUCCAGAGAGCCAGAGAUGCUGUAAUGGAGUUGGAUAUAAUCCUUUGAAAUAUGUUUGCUCUGACAAGAUUUCAACUGGAAUGAUGAUGAAGGAGACCAGAGUGCGUGGGACUGUCUGCUCAGCCUCUACGCCAGGCACAGAACACUGCAGCAGGUGCGGCUUCCACGUUACCAGCCACUUCUGUGCUAUGAGAAGGGAGCCUGGAAAUUCCACAGGGAAGGCGUCAAUCGAAGAAAUGUGCUCAUCUGCCGAAGAGACUCUUUGUGCUGGAAGUGCAGACACGUUCUCCUUUGCAGAUGUGAACCUGGAGCCCUACACAACAUAUGAGUAUAGCGUCUCUGUGUGGAAUAGCCAUGGACAAGGGCUUAGCAAAGCCAUAAGGGCCAGCACAAAAGAAGAAAUGCCUCAGGGAGUGAGCCCCCCCUGGAAGACCAAAGUGAAUAAUUGUGAAGAUGCAAUAGUGAUAAAUUGGAGGAAACCUAUACGAUCAAAGGGUCCUGUUAUUUACUAUAUUCUUCUCCGAAAUGGAAUCAAAUGUUACCGCGGGACAUCACUGAGCUUCUCUGAUACAAAGAGAAUUCAGUCUUCUCAGGAAUAUUCAUACCAGCUGAAAACUUGCAUAGUUGUUGGCUGUGCCACCAACAGCAAGGUAGUGGCAGCUACAGCCCAGGGGUUCCACAGAGCAUCCUGCCCCAAGGGUCACAGCCCCCAAGGCGGAGCCCCUGCCUCUGAGCUGGAGCAUCCCUGA